AUGUACGACAUCAGCAGACCCGUCGACGUCAUAUCGCGACCGACAUGUCCUACAAUAUUCCGCCAUGACAUAUAUUCUUUAGAUCACAAUACUAAAUACUUGUACUCUAUCGAGUUUAUUUCAUUUGUAAUGGAGAUACAUCGUAAGACCGCGGUUGCCGCGCGUGAAGUACUGAAGAAUAAGAAAGUACAAUUAACGGCGAAUAAGGGAAUGGUGCCACCCACACGCGUAGAAACUACUCCCAUAGACGUUGUGCGUUGGGGAGAGUACAAAGUGACCGGUGUGAUAAAACGAGGUGUCAAUUCGGUCGAGAUAAAUAUUCGGCUUCCAAAUCCGCAUAUUCAGAUCGGAAUCAAGCCAGGUUGUCAUGUUUUCCUCGGACGACAAAUCGAUGGCAGGAUCGUAUCCCAGCCCUACACUCCAGUCACUGAUGCACACGGGACGCUUGUGUUCUUAAUCAAAAGGUAUGAGGGAGGCUUAGUGUCACCUUGGCUGUACGAUCUGCUCCCCGGUAAUACUGUUCAUAUGAGAGGCCCAGCGGGAGCAUUCGAUGUCGACUCGUUCAUGUAUGGUACGAGCAAGUUGGUAUGCAUCGCAGGGGGCACCGGUAUCACAGCGAUACUGCCCAUAGUCAAACACAUAUUGCAGGCGACCGGACGCGCAACGCCGGCGCAGGGUGGAAUUUCUAUUGCUGUAUCUGCUUCUGAUGCGGAAGGUCCGACAAUCAUGGUUAGUGAACCACUAUCUAUUGUUCUGAUACAUUGUGAUAAAACGAGGGAAGAAGCACUCAUGGUCCCAGCUGUUGAGAUGUUGAAGGAUUUUAGUGGAAGUAGAUUAAGCGUCGUUAACAUAUAUAGCGAGGAAAUGUCAAGGGACGAAAACGUCGUCACAAGUCGUCUGACAUCUCAAAGGUUAGCGGAAAUAUUGCAAUGGGGGCAUGGUUUCCCCGAAGUACACGCACCUGGACUCGUUGCAAAGACUAAAUUCCUGAUAUGCGGCCCACAUAGCUUAAAUGAAAUGCUUAGAGAAGCACUGAUCGUACAGAGGUUCGGUGAAGAUGACUUUUUCGUAUUCGAAUAAUAGCAGUAUAAACUUUAGAUAGCGA